CUGUCCCUUUUGAAAACUUGAUCACGCAUGCGCAGUAAAAGUCAGCCAUGUUGAUGGUGGGACAUGGCAAGAGGUAAGAUCUUCACAAACAGGAAGCAAAAGGUUGCAGUUGGAGAAGAGAAAGUCAAGAAAAGCAGUCAACCAAAGAAGAAAGAAAAGAAAUCAAAAAGUGCAACAAAAGAAGACGGUCAUCCAGUAGGAGGCGGAGACUACUUUGAUCCAAAGACAGGUGUAGUCUUCAGCACUAGACCUCAGGAUAGUUGUAUCCCUCUUAUGGAAGCAAAUAUCACGAAAUUCUACAAAGAACAAGGUCAAUUAGAUAAUCCAGAGGAUCACGUCACAGUUGCUCUACACGUUAUUGAUUAUUUAGCAGGAGAUUCAAAGCAUCCCUCACUAGUCUCUACUAUCCCACCUGUCACUGCCACUGAUAGUUUCAAUACAGAAGAGGAUAACCCUCAAAUCAUGGCGUCUACUGAUGCUCCAAUCACCUUUUGGCAGGAGGUGAAAGACCCAAAGACAAACCAUGCCUAUUACUGGAACCCAUCCACUAAUGCUGUGUCAUGGACGCUGCCAAGUAACGGAGUCCUUACCAGCGAAGCUGCAGAGAGAUCCAAUGAGAUUCAAGAUCCAGAGAGAGAAGAUGAUACAAGUAAAGUAGCUUCAGUUGCUGGAGUGAGUAAUGGAGGAGGGAGAGAAGGUGAGUUUCAUUCUGUUCAAAGUAAAGGAGGAAAGACUAGCAAGAAGGAAGAGGUUACAAAGAAAUCGAAAUCAUCUGACAAUCAGAGAAAACUAGAAUCACAAAUGCUCCUGGUAUCAAGCCUUUCUGAUGAAAUAACAAGAAAGCUUUCUUAUCUUCACGUUGAUACCAGCAAGUUAUCCGAGCUUCAGUUGCUUGAUAUUAAAUUAAAAACUCGUUUAGAAGAUUGGAAAGAAGGAGCACUCUCCUCCCAGUAUGUUUUAGAUAAAUUGAAAGAGAUUGAUGGCAAGAUACUUGAUAUAGUCCAGAAGGGGGUUUCGUCCGAUUGGAAUUGUCUCUGGGACAGAGGCACUUGCAGAUUUUUUUACAAGCACAAGAGAACGGAAGCCGUUUCGUGGGAAUUCCCCACCAGCUCAGACUGUGAUGAUUCCGAAGACAAGAAAGACGAAGAAAUGGAAAGAGCUGAACAAGAAGAAGAAGAAGAAGAUGAAGAAGAAGAAGAAACAAAUCCAACGCCUGACUUGCAACCACAGUUACAGAAUAAUGACAUGGUAAAGGAGGCUGAAGAACAGCAGCUGGACAUGGAGAUAGAGAGUGUAUCUGAUGAGGAAUUGCCUCAAUUAGAAGACGUUGAAGCAACGACCGGCAAUAAUAAUAAUAAUGGCAACGACAUACAAGAAGAGAGCUCUUCAAAAGAAGUCGUGACGCAGCCUUCAGUUUCCUUAUAUGGUGAUGACCUACCGCCCCCGUAUAAUCAAGAAGACGAAGAGGAGACUCCGCCCACUGUUGAUCAGAUGGUCCUCACAGAAUUAGAAGCGGCUAAUCAAGAAGCACUGCUGAGAGCACGUCUUUUGGAAAAGAUGAAGAAUAACACUGGGGACAAGACAGAUGGAGGAGAAGAGGGAGAACAAGUAGCAGCUAUAGACUGGAAACCACCGCCGGUAACAAGCUCUUUAUAUCAGGAAGAGGAGGGAGAGGAAGAGAGAGAGGAGAAGGAAGUGACAAGACAGGAUCGGUCGCCCAGUAAAGAAAAAGAGCCUGAAGAAGCACCUGGACCAGUAACUACUACUGAAACCUCUAAAGAGAAGCGCUCGAUAUCUCCACCACAGGACAGCAGGGAUUCAAGACACAAGCGUGUCAAAUCAGAAUCAAGCUCAAAACGAAGAUCGCAUCAGUAUCACAGCGAUUCUGAUUAUUCUGACGAGCGUCAUUCUCGAACCAGACGCAGAUCACGUGAGAGACACACCUCUUCUUCCUAUCGCUCUAGACGCUCACGUAGGUACAGUGAUGACUCUGACGGGGGGAGCCGGAGGCAUGGACGCAGUCACCGCUCUCGCUCAAAAGGGCGGAGUCGAAAGAAGAAAGAUCACAGGCGACGUCAUCGUCAUGGCGACUCGUCUUCAGACGAAGAUAAAGGAAGGAAGAGACGUCAUCGUCGUGGGAACAGCGAGUCGUCUUCGGAUGACGAGAGAGGCAAGAGGAGACAUCAAAGCAGCUCCUCCGAGGGAGAGAAAGAGAGAAAAGAGACUACACCUCCUGUUGUAUUUCCUCCCAUCAACAAGCUCUCACAGGAAGGGGCCACUGGCGUGCCUCCUCCUCUAGAGAAGAGCUUUGUACCGGCAAAAUUUAAACCGAAAAAGGCCGGAGACGAAGAUAAAAACGAGAGCACCCUCUCACAGACACAAGUUGAGAUGAUACACAAUAUAGCGUCAGCCACUGGAUACCCACUAGUGUACACCAUGGACCCACAGCAAUAUGGACAGGUUACUACUUACGGGCAGGUAGCUGCCUCUUAUGCUAAUCCUUACGGGUACACUAGUGUUGGGGGCGUGGCUUAUGAUAAUUACACAGCAACAUACAGCACCACUCCUACUACUGUCGAGCAACCUACUGUGGAGCCUGUUGCCAUGGCGACUGCGGAGUCGGUUUCCACGGUAACCACAGAACCAGUUGUGACGUCAAGUAAUGGAGGGUCUGCAACUGAAGGUAACAAUACCAAGAAAGAAGAGGAGGCAGUGAUUGAAGCUGCAGCUACUGAAAAACCGGUGUCUGAAGCUGCUGUUGAAGUGAGUCAAGAUACCCAAAACACAGUAGCAGCUACUACUGAUACACCUCCUGCUGAGAGUGUUCAGCAAGAUACAGCUCAAGAGAAUGAAUCAAAGCAAGACGAGCCAGUCAAGGCAGAAGAGAUCAAGACAGUGGAACCAGUGAGAGAUGUUACCCCACCUCUACAAGAUCCUGUCCCUACAACCAGUCAGAUCGGGUACACUAUUUCUGCACCCUCUACUUCAUACCCAGCCAGUACCUACCAGCAAGGGUAUGCUGCUGGGGACCAGAGUGGGGCCUAUGCUGCAGCUGCUGCUUAUGCUAGUUAUCCUUAUUAUACUGCAGCUGCGUAUGAUCCAACACAAUACGCUGCAGCCAUGAAUUAUUAUGCUGCUUACCAGGCAGCUGCUUAUGGGGCCUAUUAUCAACAGGCUGGUGGGACUCAGACCAAUGGUGGUGCUAUGCAACCUCCUACUACUAAAAGUUAAAUAAAUUCUCUAAUUAAUUAGUUUAGAAGCUGCUGUGUGGUGAAUGACUCCUUUAAUUAUUGACUGUAUUAUAAUAAUUAUUUUCCCUUUUUGUUACUUAAAGAUAAAGAAACUCCGCCAAUUUUAAUAAUUA